AUGAGCUCGUCAAGAGCCUUUCAAUGGGCCAGGGACUUCUACAACCACCCCGCUGGCCCUAAGACUGUCUUCUUCUGGGCUCCUACUUUCAAAUGGAGCCUUGGGCUAGCCAACAUCGCUGACUACAAUCGGCCUCCAGAAAAGGUUUCCUACCCGCAACAAUCGGCAGCCGCGGUGACCGGCCUCAUCUUCAUGAAGUACAGUGUCGACAUUGUCCCCGUCAACUGGAAUCUCUUCAGCGUCAACGCUUUCCUCUCCGCAACCGCCAUGUGGCAGCUUGCACGAAAGCUCCACCAAGAUUACGUAGUGAAUGGUCCGCCAAAGCCUGAGGCCAUCACGGAGAAUGAUCUCCCGUUCUCCCACAUCCCAAGUGAUCUCCCGUUCUCCCACUUCCCAAGUGAUCUCCCGUUCUCCCACUUCCCAAGUGAUCACCCGUUCUCCCACUUCCCAAGUGAUCUCCCGUUCUCCCACUUCCCAAGUGAUCUCCCGUUCUCCCACUUCCCAAGUGAUCACCCGUUCUCCCACUUCCCAAGUGAUCUCCCGUUCUCCCACUUCCCAAGUGAUCUCCCGUUCUCCCACUUCCCAAGUGAUCUCCCGUUCUCCCACUUCCCAAGUGAUCUCCCGUUCUCCCACUUCCCAAGUGAUCUCCCGUUCUCCCACUUCCCAAGUGAUCUCCCGUUCUCCCACUUCCCAAGUGAUCUCCCGUUCUCCCACUUCCCAAGUGAUCUCCCGUUCUCCCACUUCCCAAGUGAUCUCCCGUUCUCCCACUUCCCAAGUGAUCUCCCGUUCUCCCACUUCCCAAGUGAUCUCCCGUUCUCCCACUUCCCAAGUGAUCUCCCGUUCUCCCACUUCCCAAGUGAUCUCCCGUUCUCCCACUUCCCAAGUGAUCUCCCGUUCUCCCACUUCCCAAGUGAUCUCCCGUUCUCCCACUUCCCAAGUGAUCUCCCGUUCUCCCACUACCCAAGUGUUCUCCCGUUCUCCCACAUCCUGAGUGAUCUAUCCUCCCACAUGAUCCACACCUCAUCCUCACUCUCCAAACCUUAG